CAACAAUGUUCAGAUUUGCAGCAAGACAGACUGCUAGGCAGCUCAGAAACUCUCCCAUUAGGGCCUACUCCACCAGGUUUGCCAGCACGACCACCUUCCCCAAAAAGAAGAUUCUUUUUGGUGGAGCUAUUCUCGCUGGCGCCUUGGUUUACUGCCAAUCGACUUCAGUACAGUUGGACACCAAAAUCGAUGGCCAGCUUCUUCCAGAGGAGUCUGUUGCCGUAGACUCGUCUAUUGAUCCAUUUCCAAUCAAGAUUUCUGCAGACAACCAGCACGUUGCCACUGACUUCACCUUGGUGGGGCACGGAGUCAGAUCGGUGACUUUUGUGGGCUUCAAAGUGUACGGAAUCGGACUCUACAUCGCUGAUGCUGAUAUUGGGUUGGCUAAGUCAGUCUUGGGAGACCAGAAGUUUUUGGCUUCGUUGGAGACCGAAAACCACCAGUUGAAGGAACUUCUCGCUAGCCCCGUGGCUUCGGGGCUCAUUGUGGCCAAGUUAUUGGACAGCGGAGUCAGAUUUAUGGUCAGAAUCAGCCCCGUCAGAAACACGGAUUACGGACACUUGAAGGACGGGCUCAUCAAGUCCAUCUUGGCCCAUCCUUUGAGCAAGGGCCAGGACACAAGAGAGAUUGUGGGUGCGGGCUUGGAACAGUUGAGAGAAGUGUUCAAGGGUCGCAAGGGUUCGGUUCCAAAGAACCACUUGAUGUACUUGCAAAUGUUGUCCAGCGGGGAAUUGAAAGUGACUUACACAGAUCCCCAAAAGAAGACUGUGGCCGUAUUGGGUGAUGUUGAAGAGCCUAUGAUUGCACAAGUGUUGAUGUUGCAAUACUUGAGUGGAAAGAAGCCAUUGAGUGAGCCCUUGAGAAAGAGCUGCAUCGACGAGUUGGCCACCUGGGCCUAAGUCCAGUGGAUGCCUCGAGGUCCAGUCAAUCAAUAUAUGUAUAUAGUCCAACUGAUUGUCUGAUAUUACGGUGUAGAGGCAGAGGAUAGGUGUCAACGACAAUAUUUUUGAGCCAUUGGUGCUGAGAGACUCAAUACUCGAAAUGACAUGAGCUGGACAGUUGACCUUUGACCUUUUGUGGCCAUAUUAUGUCAAAGAAAUCAGAAAUGUCAUUCAGAGCGUUGUUCGCCAGAAACGAUGAGAGCAUUGUUUCUGAAAAUUGUCUGGAUAAAUUAACUGGUAAUGGUCGAAAGAUGAAUUUCUUGUCAGUGGUGCUGUCUUCGAACUUAAACCACUUCAAGUAGUUAUGCACACGAAACGUUUAAUAGCAGUUCCAGUUUCAAUAAUAAAAAUAAUCAUAA